CCUGUCCCGCGAGCUUAGCUUGCACACGCACUGCGCUCCCCUCUGCGUUCCCUUUCCUCUUGGCCCCGGCGAUGAUCGACGGUUGAUGCUCGUGUCCAGCACCACCGCUAAGCAUCACUGAGCAAAAGAAGAAAUCGGCGAACGCACAGCAAGAUGCUGGCGACCAUGACACGGUCCACCCAUCUAGCUAUAAACCAUCUCUCAACCACAUACCUCUCUCUGUACAGCAUGGAUAUAAAAGCAGCUAGGAAGGUAUGCACAUCGACACACACUAACGCAGACAGACAGACAGGCAGGCAGGCGGCGCGGGCCAGUCAGCCUCUCCCACCACUCAGAGCUGCGUGAGUGCGUGCGCCACCGACUCGAACAGCUGCUUGGAACUAUCCGUGAUGCCGAACCUAUGAACGCCACCCCCACUCACGCUUGGAGCCUUGAGCGGGCUGGCCGGCCCCUGGCCGCCCAGCGCGUCUGUGGCGGUGCGGAGGCUGUUGAUGAAGUCCAUCACGCGACGUAGCAGGGGGUCAUUCAGAUCAUAGGACAAAUUGUUGGACGCGCGAAGCCUGUAGGCAGGAGAUGAGAGAACGAACCGACACAGGCGGUGCCUCCCCCUUCCCACUGCACUUGUGUGCGCCUGAUAGAUACCUCUGGCAAUAUGUCCAGCACAGGCAGGCGGAUCUCUCCACGGCCAUGCCAAACAUCGACGUGAAGGACUCGACGCUAACGCUCUCCCUGCAGCGCAGCAGAUGGGGACGAGAAGACGCAACACAACACACAGACCUACCACUACAAACGGACAUCUAUGUGCGUGGUUGUCCCUUACGGCAUGCAGCCAUCGAGUGUCGCGUCGAUGGUCUCGACUCGCGUCAUCCGUCGGUACUCCUUCUGCCCGAGUGACCCAGCAUAGCCACCGCGCUGACGACGACGCUAUCAAGGACAACACACACACCAACACUAUAGAUGAACCAUCGAGCACCGGAUGUGGCUGCGCUGCUCACUGGGGGUGUAGUGGUGAAGGUGAGGGCCGUGAUGCCCGAACGGGGAGAUUGGGGCUGCAUCGUGGGAGCACCGCGACUGAAGGGGAGCACACAAUAUGAGAAACACCGCCAGAUAUGACUGGCAUACCGUUCUGGCACUGGUGUGGAGCCAGGGCUUGUCACACUGUCCUUGGACGAGGCCCUGGACACGCCAACACAGGAUGACGCGUUUUGACUUCCCAGCAGCCUUGUUCUGACCUGCUAAGGGCUCCAUCCCUCCCAUGUGACCUGGCAGCUUCCUCCUUCAGCCGCUCGUCAACGGCGUCGAGCAGACAGAGCGAUAGGGACAGGGGGAUGUACCCCUGAGACGCAUUCGGGGCGUCAUGAAGGCUUCCUGAGCUAUGAGAAGAAUCAGCGCGGACCUGAGGGAGUGAUCGAACAGACAUAUUUCGCAUCACGUGUCCGUUUGGUCGCUGCUUACGAUUUCCAGCGGUGGCGGGAGCAGCCUGUGUGUCUCGUUGGGCAGGUGGAGCAUCUGUGUGGUGCCCUCCAUGGCGACAUAGAGCAGCUCCACGAGCACACGAUACCCCGCUCCCCUCCCCGCCUCGUCCUGCUGCCCACUACCGCCACCGCCACCGUAUGUCAUGGGCCUGCCGCUGUAGUCGACCUCCAUCAUCAUCGGGCCGUAGGGAGGCUGCGGUGACGGGGCGGCUGCUGCUGUUGACGCGUAGGUGGCGCUGCCCUCAGUGAAAGAGUCGGUGAGAGAGGGGUCGAUGUCCAGCUGGAGGCCAUAUCUGACACAAAAGGAGGAGAGCAUGUGAUCACGGUAGGUAGCAGUUUGCAGCUAGUUGAGUGGCUGCUCACCCUAGGAUAUCGACAAACAUAUUGAGGGCCAGGUGGAGGAGCCGCUGAGAAGCACAAACCAAAUGACGUAGUAGGACAGAUGGUGCAGCACUCGUGCCAUUGUCUGUGUGUCACUCACUUGGUGGAAGAUUGACGGCACUAAUGCGGUGCUGCCCUCCUCUUCGCCCCAAAUGCGACCCGCCAGACGCUCCUGUGGCCAGGCCAACGGAAAUGGAGCGGUGGUCACGUGUGCACAGACAUCCAAAUCUCCGUGUGUGUGUACCUGAAUGGAUAUUGGCUUAACGACGUCGAGAUGCUCCGACGACGCCUGGUGGAUGUCGAGGCACGAUUGAGAGAUGUACCGACCGCAAUCCACCAGACAUCGACUCAGGUCCAGCAAGGCCAGCUGCCACAGACACAGAGAGAAACACAUACAGACAGACACACAUCAGAUCUGAUGUGCAAUAGUAGAGACAGACAGACCAGACUAUCCCACUCGCUGACCCACCUUGUGUCUGGAGCUCAUCAUGGCCUGGUAAGGCGGCAGUCCGCUGAUGACCUUGACCACACACGCAGCCUCCUCCACCAGGGCCAUCUCGCCCCUCUUCACGCCCUCCACCAGCACCCGCCUCACACGCCCACCCGCAGCCUGCAGGAACUCCACUGACGCCUCUACCGUUGCCCGCCGCAGUCGCUCAUUCACGGGAGGGUCGCCGGUGCAUCCAGAGGGGGGUGCCGGGUGGUCUGCUGGCCGGAGGCCGUGGCAGUUGACCUUGACGAGUUGGGCGACCAGCAGGAGGGUCUGGCACCAAGCCAGAUGGGUGGGGGAGCGGAGCUGCCAGGCGUCUUCGUAGAGGGGGCCGGUGAUGUCGAACAUGCCAUCCUUGGCCAGGGGAAGGACUGAACGGAACGAGCGGGAGAUAGAUAUAUGUCUGCCUGUCUGUUUGUCUGUCUGUCUGUCUGUGUGGUGUAGGUUUGUGCGUGAGUGAGUACCUUGGUAUUGGUCCAGGAGGUCCAUCUCUGUGUCGAUGAUGUCGUCCUUGCCGCCCUUCCCCUUCCCCUUGCUCUUGCGCCGGCUCUUGCCCCGCUCCUUGCCCAUGGACCACCUGGGAUGCGCCUUGCCCUCGACCCGCUCAUACGCGCCGCCCCACUUGUCCUGACUGUACAUGAUGCCCACGCCGGCUCGCCCUGUGACAUCCCACUCACUCUCCCUCACAAACACCCGCAGCAGGGGGCACUGCGCCAGCGAGGCGAGCACCUGGUGCUUCUCGACCAAAGCUUGGGCGCCCCUCUUGGUCCCGGCGUAGGUCAUGAGCGACGAUAGGAGUGACGACAGCAGGCAGGCAGCCAUGAAGCGCUCCCGGAGCUGCACAGCGCCGCCAAGUGGCAGUGAGGCCAGGUACCGCUCUCGCUGGGUGACGCCGUCGUAAUACGGAAAGGCGCGGGGUGGGGUCAGCAGCAACGACAUCCCACACAGCCGCUCUUCCACUACCGAGUCUUGCCCUGCGCGUGCCAGCAGAGCGGUCAGCAGGGAUGACGUAUUCACAGGGGACAGGGUCCGCAGCCGGUCGACCAGCAAUGGCAGCAGACGCCGGUCGAAGACCUCCCAGGGCGAGGAGCGCAAAAUCGACUGGUGGCUCCCCGCUGCUGCUGCUGCUGCUGCUGGUGAAGCGGAGGCCUGCCUGCCGGCUGUAUUUCCUCCCUGUGUGACGGUGCUGAAUGGCGACUGCGCAGGGGUGGGUGGUGGGGCGAAGGGUGCAGGGCUCGGGGGUGCACCCACCCGGAGGUCGCCUGUUGGGCAGAGGGCCUUGAUCAUCGACAGGGUAUUCAUGCCGUUGGUGACGGCGGCGAGCACGCCAUGCUGGGUGGCGUGGAUCAGACACACAAGGUCGGUAUCGGUGUCGUUGGGGAGCGUGUCGUCGAGCGAGAAGAGGGCGACGGUCGCGAGGGUGAGGUCGGCGAUGGCCGGGCCAAAGAGAGACAUACUCCCAUCCCACGUGUGGUUGUUGAGUGGCAGCUGACCCAUGAGCAGCUCCACCAGCGCCUUGAGCGCCAUGACCUCCCCCGCUGCCCUCUCCAGAUAGACAAACACGCCCCUGCCCCUGCUGAUGCGGACGGCCUUGGCCAUCUUCUGCACGAACUCGUGAAGCCGCCGUGUCCCCAGUGUGACGAUCUGCUUCACCGCUCCCAUGUCGCUCCAGUACUCGGACCGCAGGAUCUCAUCGCUGAUGGUGGGCACCAGCCCGGCCUCGCAGAUGGACUGCCAGCCGCCAUCAGGCGAUGUCUUGGUGGCCAUCUUGUGGGAGGGGUGGGAGAGGAUGACUGACGGUGGGGUGGUGACGUCUGUGCUGCUCUCGGCUUGCAGCUGGCCGCAGGCGUGGGUGAGAACAGCACCAGGCUCGGGGGAGGCGCCACGACUCACUGAACAAGAGAGAUGGCACACACAGCGCAUCCACGUGCAGAUGCAGCCCAGUCCAAUGUGUUUAUUGUGCAACUCACCGAUGGGCUGUGACGCUCCUCCGCCAGACAGCCCCCUGCUGCCAGCCGGGCCCCCACUCGCACAGGCCAUCUCGUAGUCACUCCCCCACGCCGACCGCAACACCUCGGUCACGACUCUCACGACGAGCAUGACGGCGGGGGAUCCCUCAUGCAGCCACUCUGACGCGAGCGGCUUGUGGAGGGCCCUGGUGAGUGUGGCGAUCACGGCUGGGAGGAACGGGUGGAAUGAGGGCGGCGGGGGUGGGUCGGGGGAGAGCGGCUCGAGCAGGGAGUACUUGAGUGAGUGGCGACAGGCGCGGAUGAGGGAGAGCAGGGAAGACAGGACGUCCACCUGAGCAGUGCGAUAGGACUCGUCGAUGCACACCUGACCGCGGAACGGAACCCCCACACACAUCCAUGGGCCCUCCAUCCGAUAAGAUAACCCUAUUUGCUUUACUCACCUGGCUGCGCAUCUGUCCAAGGACAUCCAGUGACCCCUGUCGCUCGUUGGCCAGCUGCCUCAGGCGAGUGCCAUUGGGCGACAGAGAAGACCGCGUCGGCGACGAUGGGAGCGGGACGGGCGGCAGGGCGUCUGGGGGAAUGUUGGCCGCAAAGUGGACGAGCAGAAAGUCAAACGACGGUGCCUCGUACUGGAAUGAUGUCCCCCGCUGGAACGGAGACCUGGCAAACAGAUGGGAGGGACGGAUGUGUGUGCAUUGGUUUGUGUCCGGCUUGUGUGUGUGUGUGUUGGCUCUGAUCAUCCCCCCCUCACUGACCUGAACUCCUGCAGCGAUCUGAUGAGUCGCAUUGGCACAUCGCCGACCUCCACCGGCCCACCUCGGCCCUGUCCGUUGUCGCCCUCUUUGCCCCCCGUCCCCUCAUCCAGCUCGCCGCGCUUGCCUUCGUUCGGCAGCUCCCCCAUCCCACAAGCAGAGGCGACGGCACACGCCAAGUACGACGCCAUGACACUCUCUGCCGCCUGGUCGCCGCCACACAGGUCCAGGGCAUAAAUGGCAGAGCCUGACGUGGAUGUGGAUGUGGGCGCGAUGCGGGGCACACUGCCGCUCUCGGGGAUAACGGUGCCGAAUGUGGGUGUCUGGAGGUAGACGUAGUCGCUGCGGACGGGGGUUGUGGGGGGUCCCUUUGGGGUCCUCUGCUGGUACGGCGAUGCCCGGAUGGGUGUGGCUGCUGCUGAGCGGGAGGGGGUAGUCAUGGCGCUCCUCCUCCCCCUGCAUGCUCGAUAAUGUGACUCAGACGAGCCCCUCUCUCGCUCCGGUGCCCCGUCAUCCCAGCUGCCGGCAGCCCCGCCCUCGCCCGCCUCGCUGGGCCGCAGCCACGCCGGAAGGAUGCCGAUCUUCGACAAUACGCGCAGAAACGAUCUCCGGCGAUCAAACCCCGAAGGCAGUCCGUGCGCCAUGCCCCAGAUGACAGAUGGGAUCCGGCUGCUCGGUGCCGCCGCGGCAGCAGCAGCAGCAGCAGCUGGUGGUGUCUUGUCUGGCGAGAAUGAUGGGUCGGGCGACAACUUGGCGAAAGAGUCAGACGAGCCGAAGAGUGCGUCGACGACGGAAGUGUUGUGGCUGAGGAAGCGGACGAAGGUGACGAAUGGAGUGGGGAGGUGCGUCUCGACGGGCUGAGGCGGCACCUCCUCGAUGGGUGCGAGCGGCGGCAUCAGGCGGCUGGUGGGCUUCUUGUCUGGCGGGGUGUGCGUGUCGCCGCCAGUGGGGCGGAUGGAUGUGCGGAGGUGGGUGUCCAUGUGCGCCAGGGCGAUGGCUGCGAUGCGGAAGACUGAGCUGAGGGCGGCCAUGACCUCGGUACUGACCCGCAGAGAGCCGGGGGUGGCGGUGGCUGUUGGGAGGUUGGGGGGGUAGGGCAUGUCGCUCUCGACGGGGCUCUCCCAGGGGACGAGCAGGUCAUCCUCUAACACAUGCCAGCCGGGGCUGUCGCUAUUCUCGUUCUCACCUGAACAAAGCACAAACCGACAAAGUCCAUCUUUGUCGCGACCCCGGGACCCUCAACUCACCUGUGUCCAUCAAGCCUCGUUCGCCCCCGACCGUCCCCCACACCGCCACGAGAUGCUCACCCACCUCGGUCAGCAGCCCCCACCCGCCCUUAUCAGUCCACGUCUCGAAACCCUUCAUCGACGUGUCACUCAGCAGCACCAUCUCAAUCGCACCAAGGCACGACCGAAGCCAUCCAUACGCCCCCAGCCACGGCCGGAAUGGCUUUGAGAAGAGCUCGGUGGCAUACUUGCAUCCUUUGAGAGCGUGUUGCAGAUCCGUGUGGAGGGCCGAGAGGAGGGAGGGGGUGCGGGGGGCAGAUGUGGGGGACGACGGCAGCGGCGUGGACGAAUGGCUGCCGAAGAAAAGCCCUGGCUGCAGCCUGAUCGAGUGACGAGAAGCAAGAACACACACAGUCAGUUUCUUUGACCCCACUCCCUCUAAUACACUCCCCCUCACUGACCGUGUCCCAAUGGCGAUCAAGUGCAGCGUCCUGAUGUGUGCCGCCAGCUGCCUUCCCCCGUCCUCUGCGUUGACCAUCUCCUCGGCAGGCUCCUCGCUGCGCACGUCGUCAGCCAGGCCGCCCAGCAGGGCCUUGUCGACCAUGUGGGUGGCAAACCUGUCGGCCGAUGGGAGCGGGGCCGAGGGGGAAGACGACAGAGUGAGGGACUGGGGCACUGUGGAGGGAAGCGCCACGGUGCGCAAGAGAUGGGAGAGGGAGGGGACGGGCUCGCGGGGCGUGACGCCCAUGUCCACUGCUGCAGGCAGGCAGGCAGGCAGGCAGGCAGCCAAGGAACACUUGUGUGGUGUGCGUUUCUUCUCACUUGUGUGCGCGCGUGUGCCGUCUGUACCUCUCUGGUGGUAUUGUUGCCAGAACAUGCACAUUAGAGUGAGGGCCUCCGUCGCGAUGCCGUCCCACAUUUGCUCAACAAGAUAGGCAUACAGCGACGUCACGACGUUCAGCCGCUCCCAGCUGACGGGCCGCUCCCUCUCCCGCUCCCCAUCCUGCUCCCACACAGCCGCCACCAGCCAGCCCACACUGCUGUCCGUCACCAGACCCAGACCGCUCGGCGGCUCCGUCUGCGUCAAUUGCUCCCACAUGUGGGCGGCAAGAGCGUCGAACAUGGAGGACCUGGACGAGGCGGCCACGGUGCGCAUGAUCUCCAGGAAGCACAGCAGCGCAUCCCGCAGCAGGCGGUCCGCAACGAUGGUGGGCUCCUUCGCGAGUUGUGCUGGCAGGGGGGGCGGCGGGUCGUCAACGAAAAGGCCGUUGUCACUCUCAGCUUGGCCACCAGAGGGGUAGACCUCAACCACGCCGGGGAUGAAUGGUGGGUGCAUGACGCUUGCCAGCUCCUCCGGUGUGACCCAAUCGUAUGUGUAGUGCGCCACGGGUGAGGUGUAGAUGUGUGGGUAGGCCGUCUCCUUCGCGAGAUGCCUGGCGUGGUCUAGGAGGGGCGAGGAGAGCGUGAUGAGCCAGCAGGGGGCCGAGGGGUUGGCUGACACACUGUAUGCCGAGAGGGUCUGCAGGAGGGUGCGGGGGAAGGAUGACGCGUCAAGCUCCUCUAGAAUCAUGGCGCUCAUCUGAACCCACCCACAAGGCCACACAGGAUUGCUUCCUUCUUUGAUCUCUGUGUUUGUGUAUGUCGCGUGUGGCUCCCUCUCUUCCUGCUCACUCGGUUGAGGUACGACACCGCUCUAGACACGAUUGUAGAGGGCGACACGGUCGGCAGGCUCACCUGCUGCACACACACACACACACACACACUUCCUUACACGGAGUGCAGUACAAAUGCAGUCAGAGUUCGUAGUGCCGUUUUCUCUACACACCUGUCCCGAGGUCCACGUUUCUUGGCUGAUGCUCUCCGGCAGCGGCCAGUUGAAGAGCCGCAGCGACCGCACCAAGGACGACGCCACACUGACGCAGAGACGGGCCAACCUCCACCUACCACAGACGGCAACACACUCACACGUACCACACCGAGAGAAUGUCCCUCGUGAAAGCUUUGUCCUACUUCUGCUCCUGCUGCUGCACUGGCCAGGAGGGCAGGCGGGCCCACACGACGCCCAGCACAUGCCGCACCAGCAGACGCAACAUCUCCAGCUGCGACCAUGGAGCACCGGGCUGACGAGAUGUGGACAUGGAUGUGGUGACGCUAUCGAUCGGCAUCGAGUCGUCCGGGGGAGGCAGCUGACGUCAUAAAUGAUACACACAGCAUACAUGGGUGUGAGUGAGGAUGCCGUGUGCGUAUGUGCCCUGGUAGCUCGUGCAUACUGACCUGUGCGAGUGCCACGGCGGCUGCCAUGAUGGCCACAGCGGCCUUACCCGCAUGGCUCGGCGACACGCCACUGCUGGCAAUCGGGGCCUCCUCCUACACACACGUCAGCCGUACCAACCAACCAAGACAUUUCACACGCGCACUGUGUGUGUACCUUACCUCUGGUAUAGCCCUGCUGGCCAUUGCGGCCUGCUGCUCCCACGAGAUGCUCCAGCACUCCGGGGGGCAGGUGCAUGGCGACAGGAGCGUCGCGAUGAGGGUCAGAGCCGACUCGCUCACCGGAUACAGCCCGCUCUGCUUCUCGUCACUAUCCACAACUGCACAGCACACAUGACGGAGGAAACAACACACACAACAACACCGAUAGAUAUCAAGUAUGGCCACUCACCACCCUUCAGUCCCCUCCCUCCCUCCCCGACUCACCGGCUACGAGCAUCUCGCAUAGCUGUCUGGCGCUCAUGAGUCGCCAGCCCCACGUGCUGCCCAUGCCAGCAGCGCCCCUGUCGUUGACCAGAGUGCCGUCGUCGCGACACCGAUCCAACAGGGUCAGCAAGAUCCAGUGGGAGUGAACCGUCUCGCUGCUCAGAAACACACUCUGAACACAACACAACACAAGACAGCAAACAACAUACAUGACGCGAGAAUCAGUCCAUCCACCGCUUGGCUUACACGUCCGCUGGGCACUUUGUAGGGGAGCAGCGCCGUGUCGCCACUGCCACUGAGCGUGCCCGCCAUCAAGGCACCGAUGUACCCCACAUCGUCCGCAGCGACGGGCUUGACGCAGCAGGUAAGCCCCCGCAGCGCCACGCUGAGGGCCUCCAUCCCUGCCGCUCCCUCGCCCUCAAGCUGCCGCCUCAAGUCACCGAGUGACAGCAGCGCCAGGAAGCGGUAGGCCAUGCUGCACGAGAGGGGGUCGGCGGGCGGUGUUUGUUCUGCGGCGUGCAUGAGUUUGGCUUCGAGGGCCACACGGAAGACGGGGUGGAUCUCCAGUAGACGGACAAACAGCUGGGAGAUGCGAUCGAAAACUCUGCAUACGUGAGAACCAACCGGUAUCAUUCAUGAGAGCUAUACGUCCAUCCGCUUCGACUAAUCGAUAGUAUCUCACCUCCUAGCUUGUGUAGGCACCAUCUGGCCCCCGUGCAUGACAUCCAUCAGGCCCUCCCACACCGUCCACAGCAGCUCCAUCAUCGUCACCCGGCCGUCGAGACCGUUCUCAUCCCCUCCUGCAAUGCCACCCAGCCGCCACUUGAUGACCUUGACGCCUCUCUGUCUCGUCGACGCGCCCCUUUCUCGAGGGCUGCGCUCUCGCGGAGUGCGCGGCCCCAGGAUGGGCGUGUUGGGCUGAGAACGGGCGGAUGAUGGGGUCUGCGCACCUGUGAGCCAGUCAAACACGACCUUAACAAUCCCCACCUUUUGUUUGUGCGGCGAGCGUGUGUGGGUGUGUGUCUGCUCUGCUCUGCACUGCGCGAGCCUCACCCACCAUGUCUGCCGAGGGGGCUUGUUGACGGCGUUGGGUUGACGCUUGUCGAUGGCUCGCUCCCCGGGAGCACCUCCACUACACCCUCGGAGUUCGGCAGCAGACACUUGGACCGACACUGUGGCGGCGGGGGCGCCUCAUCCACACCAAACGCCGCCAGUAUGCCGCUCCAGAGAGUGAAGGGGCGCGACAGACUCACUCGAGACCCCGCAGCCAGCAGUGAUCCAGCAGAGGUGAUGGGAGGCGGUGGCGGCCGCAGCGCUGAUGUGGACCUUUCCCCCGGCCCCACGUGCCUUAUCGGGCUGUCGUUGAGCGACCGGGGCGUCUGCGGCGAACCACUCGGUGUCUGCGCGGCCGUGAAGUGGACGUCGCGGGUGAUGGGGAGGGUGAGGGACUGCAGCGGCUGGUGCAGUGCCAUCAGGAGGGCCACGGCGUUUUCCAUCAUCUGCCCGUCAACCUUGCUGUCGGCCGGACCCUGCUGCAGGCCGCCGAGGAGGCCGCUGAGCAGGUCGAGCAGCGGCAGGAGUGAGUAGGGGAGGUGGUCCUUCAGGUGUGUAGACAGGUAGUGGAGGCCGGUGUGUCCUCUGAUGUCGGCCAAGGCGACGGAGCAGAGCUGCGGGUGAGAGGCGUGGAGAGCGCCGGUGAGCGUUGCGAUCCGCCGGAGACCGAUCAAGUGGGCGGGGUCGAAGGCAGCGCACACCGCGCGGAUGAGCUCCACCACGACCGACUGAGAGACAAUAAAGCGGCAUGGAUGUGUGUCUGUCGACGUGUAUGUAUUGUGUUGGGGAUGGGAUGUGUUGUGGCUGACCCACCACACCACACCACACCUCACCCACCCGGUAUUGGAAGGAGUACUUCAUCUGGCUGGUGCGCCUGCUGCCGACAAAUCCCAUCAACGACCGAUUCUCUACCAUGUCAACUGCAUACCAUACACGGACGGACGGGCAGAACAAUAACCAACAGAGGUACAGAGCGGUCAGCCAGCGUCCCCCAGAGUGACUGACUGGCUUACUCAAAGUGAGAGCGAAGAUGGGUGUUCUCAUCAGGGCGUGUGCGGUGAAGCCGAUCGACGGGCUGCCACCGCCCAGCUCGUCGUCCCUAUCGCGGUCAUUCAGUGACGCAGCCGACCAGUGCGCGCCCUCACGGGAGGCCGUCAGACACAGCACAGACGCCCACCCCAUCAGCACCAACGACGCCACCGCGGGGCAGUUCUGAACAACCACAGAAACAAACAGACGGGCAGAGAAGCAUCGACGUGGAUUGUGAGUUGUGUUGUCCCUGCCGCCCCGCCCCGCCCCGCCGAUCCCUCCCUACCCACCAUUUCCAUGUCAAAGAGCUUCAUGAGCUCGUCUUCCAUCGUCCCUGCCGCCCCCUCGGCCAUCCCCUCGUUUGUAUCGGUCAUGGCCCCAGCACCACCGCCACCCCCCAUGCUCACACUCAUGGCCACCUCGCUCACAGCAGCGUUGGUCCGCGGGGUCUGGGAUCCGCCCCGGGUCAGUGGUGGUGUGGGUGGCCGCUGGUCGCUGCCCAUGCGUGUGUCGAGUGCCUGCGCCCAGUCCAUGCUGAACUGUGUCUGCAGCUGGGCGAGGGUCUCGGCCUGCAGCAGCGGGUGUUUGUCGACAGCGCCGCCCUCGCCGAUGUGCCUCAGACACAAGCCCUCCAGCAGCACCAGGCAACACAUGCCGCCCACCUCCCUACACCCCACACAACCACACAGGCAUAGCUAUAACACACGAAGGGAGGAGACUUGGCUGACUGACCUGCUGAGGUGAGUGAGCAGUGGGCUGGUCUUGAGGAAGUGGUGCUCCUCCGCCACCUGCUUCAUGAUGCCGCUGAAGCGCUGCUCCCAAAACAUGCUCGACAGCUGCUUGAAGCUCGGACCAUCCAUACCAUGCUGCAAUGCACACACACACAGACAGACAUAACAUACAGACAUAGGCCAGGCCGAUCCAUCAUAAUGAAUGCAAUGCACACUGUGGUGUGGUGUGGUGUGGUGUGGGUACGUCUCUGAGGGUCUGCAGCGCGAGCAUGCACUUGAGGGUGCCCAGCUGCAGCAGCAGGGUCUCCUUGACUGUCUGCUCCGCCAUAGCCAUCCAGUCCUCCUCGGGCUCCUUGUCUUGACCCUUCGGCUCGGCAAAGCUGCCCGUCCUGAUGAAUAAACAGAUGAAAAGACUCGUCCAUCGAUGCAGCCCUCCAUCUAUCCAUCCAUAAGUCCACUUGUGUGUGUGCACCCACCUUGGGUCGGUGUCUGCUUGGGUCUUCUUGCCCGCCGACGCAGCCAUGACUCGUUCGGUGCUGGAGAGCUUCUCAUAUGUGGUCUGCAGCCGCUUGCGGAUGUUGUGGUGAGUGUCCAGGGUGUGCAGGCACUGCUGACAGUCUCGGUACAGCUGGUGACCUGACGACCAACCACACAGACAGUCCACAGACAUACGUGUGAGUAAUGCCAGUGCACUCCCUCCCUCCCUGACUCACCAGGGUCGCCUGCAAUGCGGAGGACGGCCUCCAGACAGUCGAGCAGCGCACACUGCUCCUCCAGCAUCACCCGGUGCAGCGCCACACACACCGCCGGCCUCAUGGCCGCCUCACCGACCCGCCCGUCCAGCAGCCGCCCGUCCACCAGCGGCAGCAACCCGUUGGGCGUCUCGCCAUGCACCACACAGCAUCCCUUCUCCAGCUCGUGUGAGUAAGCCUUCAGGCAGCACCAGGCCACCCACUCAGACAGGCUCUCGGUGCCGUCAUCUCGAGUCGGAUUUCUCCUGGCCAGCACUUUGGCAGUUGCCUUGACGAGCAGCUUGGUGCAUUCGGGCAGAUCUGCCGGCAGCGAGGCUCCGGGCGGCGGCGGGGCACCGGGCAUGUAGAACUCGAGCAGUUUCGAGAGCUUCUGGAUGAUGACCGAGUCAUUGAUAAUGUCGAGCGGGGCCGAUGAGGUGUCGUAGAGGUAGGUCCUGAGGUACUGAUUGGACAGACGGCACAGCGCCCUGUCUGUCGGCAUCACCUGAGUGACUCCGGAGGGACCAAAAUGACUCAGUCGCGGGAUCUCCGCACUUGUCGUGAAGAUCAGCUACACGAUCACAUGACGACGCCAGUGGCCGUCAUUCUGCUGCAAUGCGGGAAAAGGCCG